AUGAGAGUUCAAGUGGCAAUCAAGAGUAUUUUACCAUUAUUUGUGCUUUUAUCAAAUGGUGUCUUAUCAGUUAAACACCACCAAAGUCCUGAGGCAUUGCAAGCCUCGACUUCCUCGGACUUUGUUAACGGUCUGGAGGAGGCUGUAGAGAAUGUCAAUGAAGUAAAGACAAAGGAUUCGUUGAUGGCUGAGCAUGUUACUAAGAGCAAUGUUGAUGCUAAGAGAUUUUGCGGAAAUGGAUCAAGUGUAUGUGAGAAUCUUGUCGGAAAGUACAUCACAAGGUGUUCUGGCGGAGAUUGCAUGACCUUGGAUCAUAUUACCGUUUUUGCAAAGGAGGGUCAGGUCAAGGUUUUGUUGCCACAUCUUACUCAAUUGGAUGCUGCCUUCACUAUAUUCAAGGGUUCUAAGGCAUACACCCCAACUUACAACCCAUUUACCAAGAUUGCCGAGUGGUUUGGAAAAUCCAAUCCAGGAAGUGUUAAGUCCUUCUCACAGGAACUUUUGAAGGUAAACCUUGAGAAACUUAGCUUCGAGGAUGAGAAGGAUUCCGCUGUGUUGACAGAGUUUUUGUAUUCUGCUACCAUCUAUUACAAGGAUUAUUUGCUCCACAAAAUUAAGCGACUGUGGGCCAAAUUGUCCAACAAUGUUAAAUUGGCAAGGUUCUUCUACAAAUUGAGCACUAAGAACCAUUUGAUCAGACUCAUCAGAGGCAUUGCAAAGGAGAAGCGCGUGGAUUUGUCAAAUGAUGAUUUGAAGAACUUGAUAGAUUCUUACACAACUUACAUGACUGUUUUGAAUACUAUGCGCCUUGACAGAUUGGCUGUUCUCUUCACUAGAUUGUGCAAGACCGCAACAAUAAAGGUCCUCAACGACAACAGAGUCAAUGCUCUGAUGUCCGAUUAUGCUGUGCAUAAUAUGGUCAACCCAGACAUCUUCUGCAAAUCUAAGCCAGUUCCUGGAUGCAAAGAUCAUGUCAUCAGAUAUAUUGAGAGAUGCCAAGGUGGUGAUUGCCUAACAUUGGAUAUGGUAAAUCUCUUUAAUGCCCAUGACGUCCUGAAUGUCAGGGUUCCAGAGCUACAUCAGUUGGAGGCUGCCUUCUACAUCUUCAAGAAGAGUCGUGCCCAUGGUAAAGCUCUUACUAACUUCCUCUUUAGACGCAACAGAAUAACUGUUGAUGCGUUCGCAAAGAAAUUGAUAGAACAUAACACGGCUGGUGUCACAUUCAACAGCAGAGAUCAUGAGGUAUUGGGCAAAUUUUUGUUCCAAGGCGUUGUUGCCUAUGAGAAGUACAUCACUGGUGCCACCUUCAAGGGCGUAUUCUUUGAGAGAAGAAUUGGUUCUAAGCUCCAGGAUGUUCUUGGACCACUCGUCCAAAAUGUCCCAAUGGCUAUAACUAAGGAAAGGAUUCAUGCUUUGAUGGUAUCAUUCAAGGCUUAUCUUAUGGGAUCCAGACAUGGUGUAAGAGUUUCUUUGACUACCAAGUUCGUCAAGUCUUGCGAGAACAUGUUGGUCAAAAACAUCAAUAAGGAGGAAGAGAAAAAGGAUGGGAAGAAGGAAGAAGCGUCAUUCACAUUUGAUUCUCAGGGCAAUGUGGUUCUUUAA